AUGCCCUGGUGCCACCAGAGGGCCCUGGGGCCAGAGGGUUUACACUGCCUUCUGGUGGCCCAGACGAAGGGAACCUCUUCCUUUGGAAAGCGUCGUAAUAAGACGCACGCCCUGUGCCGGCGUUGCGGGUCCAAAGCCUACCAUCUGCAGAAGUCUGCCUGCGGAAAGUGUGGCUACCCCGAGAAGCGCAAGAGAAAGUAUAACUGGAGUGCCAAGGCCAAGAGGAGGAACACCACUGGCACUGGUCGCCUGAGGCACCUGAAGGUGGUUUACCGUAGAUUCAGGAAUGGAUUCCGGGAAGGUACCACCCCCAAACCCAGACGUGCUGCGGUGGCUGCCUCCAGCUCAUCCUAAAUACACACUUUUUGUUGAUUAAACGGGCUGUUAAAUAGA